AUGCCAGACCUCAGCCCAGGCCUUAGUCUUCAGCCCAAGCAGUUGUCCGCGGCCCAACGUCUGAUUCUGGCUCUGGCCGCCCGUAGCUCCGCCCCUCGCUCCAACCCCGCCCAUCGGAUUCCUGCGCCCGCCGCCGCCGCCGCCACCGCCGCCGCCCGCGCAGUGUGUCCCUCGCCGCCCGCCGUAGCCCGGCUCGCGGCUGGUCGCGUCUCAAGAUGGCCGCGGCGCGAACGGUUCCUGCGGCGGGAUAGAGGCGGAGGCGGAGCCGAGUCUCCGCAGUUUGGAGCUGUGCUCCCCGGAGCCCGGCUGCAACCCGCCGCCGUCCGCUGCCAUGCGGGGCUGCGUGCACGGAUGAGAGAAGCAGCCGGCGCCGAGCUGGUCCCCCCUCCCGCCUUCGCCGUCACCCCUGCCGCCGCCAUGGAGGAACCGCCGCCGCCGCCGGAACCCGAGUCCGAACCUGAGCCCGAGCGCUGCCUGGCGGCGAGGGAGGAGUGCCAGUUGGGAGAUACAGCUUGCAAGACUUCAGAAUCGGACCUGGAAGAUUUUUCAGAUGAAACAAACACAGAGAAUCUGUAUAGUACCUCGCCCCCCAGCACACCGCGACAGAUGAAACGGCUGUCAGCCAAACACCAGAGGAAUACUGUCGGGAGGCCAGCCAGCCGGUCCAGUUUGAAAGAAAAAAUGAAUGCAGCCAGUCAGCCUCCACAGAAAGAUGCUGGCAAAGCCGUGGAGACUGUGGACGAGUACAGUUACAAGCAAGAGAAGAAGAUCCGAGCAGCUCUUCGUACAACUGAGCGCGACCAUAAGAAAAAUGUGCAAUGCUCGUUCAUGUUGGACUCCGUGGGUGGGUCUCUGCCCAAAAAACCCAUUCCUGACGUGGAUCUGCAUAAGCCUUACCUCAGCCUCGGCUGCAGCAAUGCCCAGCUGCCCGUGUCUGUACCCGUGCCCAUAGCCAGAACUGCCCGCCAGACAUCUAGGACCGACUGCCCCGCAGACCGCUUAAAGUUUUUUGAAACAUUACGACUUCUGCUAAAGCUUACCUCCGUCUCAAAGAAGAAGGACAGGGAGCAGAGGGGACAAGAAAACACCUCUGCUUUCUGGUUCAACCGUUCCAACGAGCUCAUCUGGCUGGAGCUGCAGGCGUGGCAUGCUGGGCGGACCAUCAACGACCAGGACCUCUUUCUAUACACAGCCCGCCAGGCUAUCCCUGACAUCAUCACCGAGAUCCUCACUUUCAAAGUGAACUAUGGGCGCUUUGCCGUGGUGCGAAACGGAGCUGCUCUGAAUGGCCCUACGGCAGAGGGGAAGUGUAGCGCCCCCCGGGGAGCAAAGACUGGGGGCUGCUCAACUUACCAUGAACAUCUCCAGCGCCAGAGGGUCUCCUUUGAGCAGGUCAAACGGAUAAUGGAGCUGCUGGAGUACAUAGAGGCACUUUACCCAUCCCUCCAGGCUCUCCAGAAGGACUAUGAGAAAUACGCUGCCAAGGACUUCCAGGAUAGGGUGCAGGCGCUCUGCCUCUGGUUGAACAUCACCAAAGACUUAAAUCAGAAAUUACGCAUUAUGGGCACUGUUUUGGGCAUCAAGAAUCUCUCAGACAUUGGCUGGCCCGUGUUUGAAAUCCCUUCUCCUCGCCCAUCCAAAGGCCACGCAGCUGAAGACGAGGGAGAGGACUCGGAAGGAGAGCUGGACGAGCUGGACAGCAGCGGGGAGGAGAGUGCAGGCGAGCACCUUUCGGGUCAAAGCGGGCGGGAAAUCAGACAGCCCCCCGAGCCCAGUGUUGACAGCCAGGCCCCGGACUGCGUGUCCAGGAAGCUUGCCCGGUGCGAGUCUGGGGAGGAGCCCGCUGGCUGGGGAGCCCCCGAUUGCAGCAGAGAGGUGGGCUCCAGCAGACACUGUCGGACUUCCAUCUAUAGACCAUUUGUGGACAAAGCCCUGAAGCAGAUGGGCUUACGGAAGCUCAUUCUCAGACUUCACAAACUCAUGGAUGGUUCCUUGCAAAGGGCACGUGUAGCGUUGGUCAAGAGCGACCACCCUGUGGAGGUUUUAGAAUUUCCGGAUCCCAUGUGGGGCUCAGACUAUAUCCAGUUGCCCAGCGCACCCUCUUCCUGUGAGCAGAAGGGCAGUGCUGUCUCGUGGGAGGAACUGAACUCCAUGGACCUGCCGUCAUUCGAACCCGCCUUCCUAGUUCUCUGCCGGGUCCUACUCAAUGUGAUCCAUGAGUGUCUGAAGUUACGACUGGAGCAGAGGCCUGCUGGGGAGCCUUCCCUCUUGAGUAUUAAGCAGCUGGUGCGAGAGUGUAAGGAGGUACUGAAGGGCGGCCUUCUGAUGAAGCAGUACUACCAGUUCAUGCUACAUCAGCUGCUCGACGGCCUGGAGCAGACGGACUGCAACAUGGAUGCCUUCGAGGAGGACCUGCACAAGAUGCUGAUGGUGUAUUUUGAUUACAUGAGAAGCUGGAUCCAAAUGCUGCAGCAAUUACCUCAAGCAUCCCAUAGUUUAAAAAACCUGUUGGAGGAAGAAUGGAAUUUCACCAAAGAAAUAACUCAUUACAUACGGGGAGGCGAAGCUCAGGCUGGGAAGCUUUUCUGUGACAUUGCAGGGAUGCUGCUGAAGUCUACAGGCAGUUUCCUGGAAUUUGGCUUACAGGAGAGCUGUGCUGAGUUCUGGACCAGCGCUGAUGACAGCAGUGCUUCCGACGAGAUAAGGCGCUCUGUUAUAGAGAUCAGCCGGGCACUGAAGGAGCUCUUCCAUGAAGCCAGAGAGAGGGCCUCGAAGGCACUGGGGUUUGCUAAGAUGCUACGGAAGGACUUGGAGAUAGCCGCCGAGUUCACGCUGUCGGCCCCUGCGAGUGACCUGCUGGGUGUGCUGAGGUCCAAGCAGUAUGUGAAGAUACAGAUUCCUGGGUUAGAAAACCUGCAGCUAUUUGUCCCAGAUGCUCUUGCGGGGGAAAAGAGCAUUAUCUUACAGUUGCUCAAUGCAGCUGCAGGCAAGGACUGCUCCAAAGACUCGGACGACAUACUGAUAGACGUCUAUCUACUGCUGGCCAAACACAGUGACCGGGACCAGGACUUGGAGGACGGCUGGGGCAAGUGGGAGGAGCAGCCUGUCAAAGUCGUACCUCAAGUGGAGACUGUGGACACCCUGAGGAACAUGCAGGUGGACAAUCUCUUGCUGGUCGUCACGCAGUCGGCCCAUCUCACGGUCCAGAGGAAAAACUUCCAGCAGUCCAUGGAAGGACUCCUGAGCCUCCGCCAGGAGCAGACGUCCAGCCAGCUGGUCAUUGCCAAAGCUCUGCAGCAGCUCAAGAAUGAUGCGUUGGAGCUGUGCAGCAGAAUAAGCAAUGCCAUUGACCAAGUUGACCACAUGUUCACAGCAGAGUUUGACGCUGAGGUGGACGAGUCCGAGUCUGUCACGUUGCACCAGUACUACCGAGAAGCCAUGAUUCAGGGAUACAACUUUGGGUUCGAGUAUCAUAAGGAAGUUGUACGUUUGAUGUCUGGAGAGUUUCGACAGAAGAUCGGAGACAAAUAUAUAAACUUUGCCCGGAAAUGGAUGAACUACGUUCUGACGAAAUGUGAGAGCGGCAGAGGUACACGACCCAGGUGGGCAACUCAAGGAUUUGAUUUUCUACAGGCCAUUGAACCUGCUUUUAUUUCAGCUUUGCCAGAAGAUGACUUUCUGAGUUUACAAGCCUUGAUGAACGAGUGCAUUGGCCACGUUAUAGGGAAACCGCACAGUCCCGUUACAGGUUUGUACCUUGCAAUCCACCGGAACAGCCCCCGUCCUGUGAAGGUGCCUCGAUGCCACAGCGACCCACCGAACCCCCACCUCAUUAUCCCCACUCCAGAGGGGUUCAGGGGUUCCAGCGUCCCCGAGAACGACCGACUGGCGUCCAUUGCUGCAGAGCUGCAGUUCCGGUCUCUGAGUCGACACUCGAGCCCAACCGAGGAGCGCGAUGAACCUGCAUAUCCAAAAGGUGAUUCAAGUGCAUCGACACGAAGAAGCUGGGAGCUUCGGACGUUACUCAGCCAGACUAAAGAUACCACUUCUAAGCAGGGACCCAUUGAAGCCAUUCAGAAGUCAGUUCGACUGUUUGAAGAAAAGAGGUAUCGUGAAAUGAGGAGAAAGAAUAUCAUUGGCCAAGUGUGUGAUACCCCAAAGUCCUACGAUAAUGUUAUGCACGUUGGUUUGAGGAAGGUCACCUUCAAAUGGCAGCGAGGAAACAAAAUCGGGGAAGGGCAGUACGGGAAGGUCUACACCUGCAUCAGCGUCGACACUGGGGAACUGAUGGCUAUGAAGGAGAUUCGAUUUCAGCCCAACGACCACAAAACCAUCAAGGAAACGGCCGACGAGUUGAAAAUCUUUGAAGGCAUCAAGCAUCCCAAUCUAGUUCGCUAUUUUGGUGUGGAGCUGCAUAGAGAAGAGAUGUACAUCUUCAUGGAAUAUUGUGACGAGGGCACACUGGAGGAGGUGUCGCGGCUGGGCCUUCAGGAGCACGUCAUCCGCCUGUACUCCAAGCAGAUCACCAUAGCCAUCAAUGUGCUCCACGAGCACGGCAUAGUUCACCGGGACAUCAAAGGAGUCCGGAAGCAGGGGCCUGGGAUUCCUGAGGCCUGUGUGGACAGCCACCCUCCACGGAGGCCCCAGGGGGCAGCAGAAGACACCUUCCUAAAUCCGCGAUGCGUCCCUGGGGAGGCCUUGGCCGGGAGAGAGGCUCGGCGGAGGGUCUAG